AUGCUGCUCUCUGCUGCUGCGCCCAUACUCCUGGUGUUGAGUACGUGCCUCGAUCUUGCUUCUUCCAUCCCUCACCGAUCUCGUAGUAUCAAAUCUGCACUGAGCGAGUUAGGUCAAUCCGUCGACCUCAAGGUUCACCGGACGAAGCGCACAUCAACAAGCUCAGCAUCACGAUCAUUUCGAGGCGCAAGGCAAGCUUCAACUGCAGCUCUGGACGAUGAUGGUAUCACUAUCAGUCAGCUAAAGGACCUUUUCUCUAUUCCCGUCACUGUCGGCUCUCAAUCGUUCGAUCUUCUGAUCGAUAUUGGCAGUGCAGAUACAUGGGUGGCAGAUGCUUUUUUCAGCUGCUUCCAUCAUGGAAGCAUUUUCCCACAAUCUUUCUGUGCUCUAGGUGGCACUCUCAACCAGACUUCAGACCCAACUAUCACCUCAAUUACUGAUGUGAAUCUUUUUGCAAGAUUCGGCUUGGGAGACUUCGCAGCGGGACCAAUGGCACGAGCUUUGCUCAGCUUCACAUCCGAUACAACCUUCAUGCAAGAAAUGGGCAUCGUGUCCAUGGUGGAGUGGUCCAAUGGUGAUAAUUUCACUUCUGGUGUCCUGGGUCUUGCACCUCGAAAUUCGACAUCCAAAUUUCCAGGCACAGACUGGACUAACGAUCUCCAUUGCCCAUUCAAUUCCUCCACCACUAUUUACGGUUACGACGGAGAGUACACUUGCAACCAAAUGAACUACGAUUCGGUAAGCGUCAAUCUCGCCUCAAGGCUCUCACGCCCAUACAUCACUCUCGCACUCUCCAGAGAUAGCUCGAACAGCUCGAAUGGAGGCAGCAUUACAUUUGGCGGGAUUGGUGACACUACUGAUGCGCGCAUCAAUUCCUCUGGCCGCUUCACCGAUGUACCAAUCGAACCGCUAGCUUCCGACGACACCAAAUCCAUCCGAUCAUACAUCAUCUCUGUGGAAGGAGUCAGUCUUCCAGUAUUCACAAAUCUGAGCACCCCAACCACAACAAGCAGUACCCGCAGAAGCACCCCAACCGAUUGGAACCACGUCCGUAAGUCCCAUCAUCACGUUCCACAAAAACGCUCAGCAGGCACAACAUUCAUCCCCAUGGCAUCAUCCCCCAACAGCACAACCACAAACAGCGCCGGCAGCAGCCAAUUCUUCCUCGAAUCCAACCUCCCCUUCCUCUUCUUCCCACCCUCCCUCGCCAAGUCCUACAACAACCUCUUCACCCCAACUCCCGACCACUACUACGACAUCUCCCGCAACCACUAUAUCUACGAACUCAACUGCACCGAACUUUCCUACAUCCCUCCUCUCGCCAUCACCAUUGCUGGAGACUCUUUCCCGAUCAACCCCGAGGACCUCGUCAUUCGCGAACAAGUAGAGUACUAUGAUUAUGAGUCGGAGGAGUAUAUUGAGGAAGAGCUUUGUUACAGUGCUGUGACGGAUUCGGCGGUCAUGGCUGAUGAGGUGUCGUUGUACAAUGCGCUUGGGCAGCCGUUCUUGAAGAAUGUGUUGAUGUUGAUUGAUUUGGAGGAUAAUACGGUUGCGUUGAGUAGUCGGCCUUAUUAUGAGAGUUGA